AUGACUUGGUGGCGAUAUUUAGUGGCUAGCAUGGCUGGCAGUGCUCUAACCAUGGUUUUAAUCAAAUUGAACCGAACAUUGGCUCCUCGUCCGAACACUAUCAUCCAAAACUACCCAUCCGAAGCGAUCUUCUUCCCCGGCCCUCACCUGGGAUCCGUGCCCAUUUCGGAUGAACAAACUCGAGAUGUCAAUGACUUAAGUGAAUCGCUCCAACGACUUGUCAGACACGUGAAUUCGGCUCGUCAAUCCCUAGAUCUCUGCCUAUUCCUGCUUACCAGUCGCCCUUUGGCCGAUGCUGUUUUGAAUCGUCUGAGUCGGGGCGUGCGGGUGCGGCUUUUGAUCGACGACUCAUCGGUGGACGUGUCCGGCAGUCAAGUGAGUCGUUUCCGACGGGAAGGAGCCUUUGUGCGAUCCAAGGCCAGUGCUUAUUUGAUGCACCAUAAGUUUUGCUUGGUGGAUGAUCGGAAGCUAUUGAACGGCUCGCUGAAUUGGACCAUGCAAGGCUUGAUGGGCAACAAAGAGAACGUGAUGAUGACGGUGGAGCCCACAUUGGUCCAAGCCUUCAGACAAGAGUUUGAGCGACUCUGGACGGAGAUGGAAUCAUCUUAAAGUUCAGCAUCGAGAAAAUGAAUAAAGAAUUCAAAAGUCAA